AUGACAACUGCUAUGGAUAUGGUUAAUAAGAUUAAUCCUGAGAAGGAAGCAUGGAACCUCAAAGUUAGGGUGAUUAGGCUUUGGACUGUUCCAACUUUCACUGGUCAACUUCUCCCAAAUUUCAUGGAGAUGAUUUUGGUUGAUGAAUCUGGGUGCAAGAUACAAGCUACUGUUCGGAAGACUAUGAUUUACAGGUUCAAACAACUUCUCACCGAGGGUCGAUUCAGGACCACUGUUAGGGAUGCUAUCUGCGAUUUUAUUCCAAAAUCUGCUCUUACAAUCUCUCCAUUCACUGAACUUUUGGAAACUAAAGAGGAUUCCGAUUUCUUAGUUGAUGUGGUGCAUCUGUUGGUCUCUGUGUCGGAAGAGAAAGAAUAUGAUAAAGAUGGAAAGAAGAUGAAGAUGGCUGUGAUGGAACUUGCUAAAAAUGAUCACAGGAUUCGGUGUGCCUUAUUUGGUGAAUAUGUUGACGAACUUAAUCGAUUUCUGUCUUCUGGGUAUGCUGAACAGCCAGUUGUUGUUUUACAGCUUGCCAAAGUUAAGGUUUUUAGAGGUUUGUAUCAUGUAAAUUUUCAUUUCAGUUCUAUUCCACAUGGAGUUAGUGCAUCCCAACCCAUUGCCUUUGUUGGAUCUGGAAAAAAUAUCGGAAUAGAAGAAGAUUUUAUGAAGCUCACACCUAGGUGUACUGUGAAGUCGCUUGAUGAUAACAACCGGGCUGGAACUUUUGUUGUACUAGCGAAGAUAGCUAAAAUAGUUGAGGAUGAUCCUUGGUGGUACUCUGUUUGUGUGUGUGGUAGAGGUAUUCUGGCAAAAUCUGAGAUUUACUUUUGUCAGUUUUGCAACAUCCAUGUUACAAAUAUGACUCCUAGGUUUAGAGUGAAGGUGUUGGUUGAGGAUUUCACUGGUGUUUCUAUUUUUGUCCUCUUUGAUCGUGAGGCAAGCUACCUACUGAAUAAGACUUGUGCCCAGCUAUUUGAACAACAUCUUAAGGAUGUUGAUGUUGUGUUUGGCACACAGUCUCCUCCUAUAUUUCAAGAAAUUGUUGGAAAAACUAUGCUGUUCAAGGUUCUUAGUAGUCCUGUUGGGAUGGAGAAAUUCAAAGGGACUUAUACAGUGAGGCGUGUUUGUGAUGAUGCUGCAAUACUUGGAAUGUUUGAGCUCUCUGGUUCAGAUUUGAGUCCCGAAAAGGCUGGCUUUGUACUAAAAGGAGAGGGAUCAUUUGGGGAGCCCUCUAAGGUUACUGAAUCAUCGAAUUUGGGAUUGACUCCUUCCAGCUGCUCCGAGCUCUUUGCUGGUUUGCCUCAAUUUACCCAACCAGAAUCAAGUGUUGUUGACUUGGGAGCUGAUGAAGAUGCUAAGUGUCCUCUCCUUAAGAGAAAGUAUGCUGAUGCUGUGGUGGAUAAGUUAAAUGAAAUGGAUAGUUCUGAAAAUUCAUCUGAUGAAGUUGAUGAAAGUGAAGAAGCGAGUAGUGAGUAUGUGGCUGGCGUUAAUCGAGGCUCUGUUGAUGCUGAGAAAGAUGUGAAGCCUUUGUUGAAGAGGUUGAGAAGAUCCUUGAGGCUGCAAUUUGAUGAAGCUGAUGAGUCUCGUGGCGCGGGGAAUGAUGGCUCCUCUGGACAUGGGGUUAAUUGA